GUAUUUCUAUUGGCAGAAAAAAAAACAUUUUAAGAAAUUAUAAAUAUUUUUAUUUUUUUUACAAAUUUUCAAUUACCUAUAAAAUUAUUUUAAACCAAAAUUACUCUAAAUAAAAUUGUAAUGGGUACUAGAUUAAAAAAUAUAUUAUUAAAUCAGACCAAUAAUAAUUUGUUUAAAAACGAAAUCGUUCGUAAGUAUGAUAAAAUGCACAUUACCUACAGAAAUAAACAAAAUAUAUUCACAGUGAACCUAUCUUACAAUUCCAUUCAAAAAUUAGAAAAGAAAAAUUUUAAACAUGUUUCAAAAAAACAAAAUGAACAAGUUGCUUUUAAUGUUGACCGGAAUACUUUUCUAAAAAAAGUUAUUGACAAUAUUAAAGAAAAACCAGAGUUGAGAAACGAACCAAAGAAAAUAGUGAUUGAUUUUAGUUCCCCUAAUAUAGCUAAACCCUUUCAUAUGGGUCACCUAAGAUCAACAAUAAUAGGUAACUUUGUUGCUAACAUUCAUGAAUAUUUUGCCAAUGAUGUAGUGAGACUCAACUACCUGGGUGAUUGGGGCACUCAGUUUGGUCUCCUACAGUAUGGCUUAGAGUCACAAAAUAUUGCUAUAACUCAAAUGGAUAAUCCCUUAAAGAAGCUAUAUGAAGUCUAUGUUGAGGCAAAUAAACAAUCUGCAUGCAAUGAAAAUGUUCUGAACAAAGCUAAAAAGUAUUUCUCAGAUAUUGAACAAGGCAGAGCUGAUUUAGGUAACUGGAGAAAUAUUCGUGAAAUAACUGUAAAAGAGCUUGAUAAAGUAUACCAAAGAUUGGGUAUAAAGUUUGACGAAUAUCACUGGGAGUCUAAUUAUAAUGGCGAAGCCAUCAAAGGCUUAAUAGCAAAUUUAGAAGAACAAAACAUUGUUACAACAGAAGCUACUGGGGCAAAAGUAGUAAAAGUAAAAGACAAAAAUGUUACUAUCUUAAAGAGUGACAACUCCACUCUAUAUCUCUCAAGAGACAUUGCAGCUUUAUUGGAUAGAUAUAAAAGGUAUAGAUUUGACAAAAUGCUGUAUGUUGUUGAUAAUGCACAGACAGACCAUUUUGCUACUGUGUUUGACAUAGUCAGAAGACUUGACAAAGAUUGUACGACAGGCUGUGAACAUGUAAAAUUUGGUAGGAUCAAGGGUAUGAGUACAAGGACUGGUAAUGUUGUAUUUCUGAGUGAUAUAUUGGAUGAAGCAAAAGAAAAAAUGUAUUAUAAACAAAAAAACUCAAAAAAUACAAGAAGUUCUGCUAUCAAUGAAGAAACAUGUGAUAUCUUGGGAUCAACAGCUGUAAUCAUUAAUGAUUUGAAACAGAGGAGACAAAAGGACUAUAUCUUUGACUGGGACAAAGCUUUGCAGAGUGAAGGAGAUAGUGGAAUUAAGUUGCAAUACCUUCACUGUAGGCUCUGGAGCUUAGAGUCCAAAUCUGGGGUAGCCCUACCAAAUGAAUGUGACCCUAGUUAUCUAAAUGAAGAAGUUAUAGUUGAUGUUGUAGCUGAACUUGCGAGAUUUGACGAUGUACUUAAUAGAGCUCUUGAAGAAUAUGAACCAUGCAUAAUUGUUAAUUAUUUAUUUAAACUCGCGCGACAUGUUAAUAGGAUGUUUAAUGAACUCCAAGUAAAAAAUGUUGGCAACGAUCUUGGUGCACAAAGACUACUUGUAUUCCACUCUGCAAGGCUCACUAUAAAAAAAGCAUUAGAUAUUUUAGGAGUAAAAGCCUUGCUUGAAAUGUAAUUUUGUUUAUUGAUUAGGCUAUUGUUAUUAUUUAAGCAUCAUAAUAAAUUAUACUAAAACGUUUUUUGAAUUAA